CUCGUAGGCUUCAGGUCCGGCUUCCGGUUUCGUCGCGCUGCGCUGGCACAGAGCCUGUGCGCAGCGGCGACACCUUUGUGGGCGGCGGGGCGUUCGUAGACCCUUCUAGAACCCUCUAGGCCUCGCCGCCGGCCCUGGAGUUGACGCGCGUGCUGCUGGGUAACGGGCCAGUUCGGGCGGCCCCGGGCCGCCCCUGCUCGGCUCCUCUUGUGACCUCCUGGGCCCUUGACUGCGGGAGCCGCGGCGGAAGACAUGGGAUUCCCUCGGUGCACCUGUGACGGCCACCUUGACGGGGGAAGCGGUGGCGUCUUCGAGGAAACCGGAAGCCCGUGGUGACCCCUGGCGACCCGGUUUGUUUUCAGCCGGCUUUCAAACACUGGGGAAGCGAAACCCGGUGGCCUUGGGGACCGCCCUACGUAGCCAGGGUUCAGGCUGCCAUGGACACACUAGUAGAAGAUGACAUCUGCAUUCUGAAUCAUGAAAAGGCCCACAGGAGAGAGGCAGUGACUCCACUCUCAGCAUAUCCUGGAGAUGAGUCUGUUGCUUCACAUUUUGCACUGGUCACUGCUUAUGAAGAUAUCAAGAAGAGACUUAAGGAUUCAGAGAAAGAAAACUCCUUCUUAAAGAAAAGAAUAAGGGCUUUGGAAGAAAAGCUUGUUGGAGCUCGAGCAGAUGAAGAAACAAGUUCUGUGGGCCGAGAACAAGUGAAUAAGGCCUAUCAUGCAUAUCGCGAGGUUUGCAUUGAUAGAGACAAUCUGAAGAACAAAUUGGAAAAGAUAAAUAAAGACAACUCUGAAUCUUUGAGAAUGUUGAAUGAGCAGCUACAGUCUAAAGAAGUAGAACUUCUGCAGCUGAGAACAGAGGUGGAGACUCAGCAGGUGAUGAGAAAUUUAAAUCCACCCUCAUCCAACUGGGAGGUGGAAAAGCUAAGCUGUGACUUGAAGAUCCAUGGUUUGGAACAAGAGCUGGGACUACUGAGGAAAGAGUGCAGUGCCCUCAGAACAGAGCUGCAGAAAGCCAGACAGACGGGCUCCAACAAGGCCACACCUCCCAAUCCUUUAUGGUUCUACCAACUGCAGACCAAGCCUUCAAACAAUGAGCCUGUGGGAACCAUUCCUAUUCCUAUUCCACCUCAGGGUCCAUCUCAGGAAGACAUUCUGCAGGACAGAGAUGUCAUCAGGCCGAGCUUGUCGAGAGAAGAGCAUGUUCCACACCAGGGCCUUCACCACAGUGAUAAUAUGCAACAUGCAUACUGGGAACUGAAGAGGGAGAUGUCUAACUUACACCUGGUGACUCAAGUGCAAGCAGAACUACUAAGAAAACUGAAAACCUCAGCUGCAGUCAAGAAAGCCUGUACCCCAGUAGGAUGUGUUGAAGACCUCGGGAGAGACAGCACAAAAUUGCACUUGACAAAUUUUACUGCAACUUACAAAAGACAUCCCUCUUUGUCAAAUGGCAAAGCUACAUGUUAUGCCCCGUCUUCCCCUUUACCAGGAGAUAGAAGGGUUUUCUCAGACAAAGCAGGUCUUCAGUCAUGGACAGAUAACGAGAGAUUGGUUCCUAAUGACGGUGCAGACUUUCCAGAGCACAGCUCCUAUGGGAGAAAUUCUCUGGAAGAUAAUUCCUGGGUUUUCCCAAGCCCUCCUAAAUCAAGUGAGACAGCAUUUGGUGAGAACAAAAGCAAAAUCUUACCUUUAUCCAACCUGCCACCCCUGCAUUACCUGGAUCAGCAUAAUCAGAACUGCCUUUACAAAAGUUGACUUGACUCGUGAUUCGAUCAGGAAGACACUGGUUCAGUGGGUCUCCCAAAAGAUUGUUCAGACUGAAAGUGGACUUUGAUUGAUGUCUUGUGGAGUUCUCCAGUAUGUACAUUUGCACAUUCUGUACAACAUUAUAUAUGUAAUUGAUUUUCCAGUAUGGGAACCUUCAGUUAUACCUUUGAUAACAAUUACAAAUUUUUGCUUCUUAGAGUGGAAAUGAAAAUUUUAGGCAUGGUCUUAUAAAGUAUGUGACCUGCCUAAAUAUCCAAUCAUUAAAUAAAAAGCAGCCGUUAGUAUAAAAGAAAAACCAUGUCUGCUGGUUUAGAUUAUAUCAAGAAGCAAGUAAGAAUGUGAAUAAUAGGUUGUGCUUCUGUAAAUUCCUGAUGCAUAAAGAUUUGAAAUAUAAUGGAAUAAAAAGUAGGUUAUGACAUCUCUAUGCUAUUGUUUAAAGUUUUAAGAUUUAAAAUCAUUUUUAAGUAAAAUGUUUGUAUAUACAAAUUUAAAGUGCAAUUUGAAUUCUAAGACUUGAACUAAUGACUAUUGAAGCCAACUUUUUCCCAGUAUAUUCAAAUCCUAAAUAGUUAAAAAUGAUGUGGUAUGUGAAUAAACUAUUAUAUAACCUUAUACAAUGUCCAGUUAAAAGUAGAAAGAGCAUCUCACAGGGCAGUCUCUUCAGUGACGCAUAGUGAACUCACCAUGUGGUCAUUUUCAGCAGGACAGCUAUUUGUUUUACACAGAGCAGCUUAUAUACUGUUAGAUUAUGACAUUUGAGAAAAUAAAUGCUAAUUAGCUGCAUCUAGAACUAAAUUUUGUGCUGUACAAUUAUGAAAUAUCCCCAGACUCAUUCUAAGUGCCCAAUCACUUGUAACUAAGUAAAGAAAUAACAAAGAUGGCUUCAUGUGGAAAUUCAUCUAGAUUCCUUCAAGGUCGAAGCAUUAAGAGUGUUAGUAAUCAUGUAUUACUGUUUGAUGUAAGAAGACUGUCCUUUUCUAAGUGGCAUUUCAUGUAUCUUGAAUCCAGAGGAUCUCUGACCUUGUAUCACCGAAUAGAAUGCAUAGCCAGGCACUGUUCACUGUUGAGUUAUCUCAUUCACUUACUCAUGCCUGCCCACAAUUAAUGGAAUUGAUGUCAGAUACUGGAAUGUGUUCUGACCAGUGAACACAGCUGACUCAAGGGAGUACAGGCUCCUGCCAAGUAAUACAGUAAGACUCAAUAUGCAUAAAACAAAUACACAACCCCAGGCUCUAGCUGAAGGAACUAACUAUCUGUGUAAUAAGAAAGCAGACACAUUUCUCAUGUGGCUGCUGAGGCUGUCCAUCAUCUUAGGACUAAUGUAGCUUACUGGUUUGCUUUUUAUUCAAACCAAGAUGAGAAGUUUUCUUUUGUAAAGAGUCUUAUAAUGUUUUUGAACAAUGCCAAGAAAUUGUUUUAAUUAAAAUUAUUUUUGUUUUUAAAAUGGAAUUGGAUGUGAAAUACUGUCCUUGCCUAUGUAUAUUUCCAAAGUCUGGUAUUAAUUUGUCCAACAUACUCUGAAUGGAGUGAAUUCCCUCUAGCCAGUAGUAACAGUUAUCAAGAAGGAUUGCUAGAGCAGUCUGGUGUUAACAGUCAGAGUGUUAAAAGCCGGUGUAAGACUCCUUAGCUAGAAAAGAGAAACCCUAAAAUAGUCUUUCCUGGUCAGGAAAAUGUUUAAAUAUAUACUUAGUCAAUGGUACCAUCUGUAUUUUGUGAUUCAUUAAAAUUGACAGUUCUUUUGUUCCUUUUCAUACUAGCUGAAAACCCCAACCAGCUUCCCCUGAAUCUUCUGUAAUAGCUGGAUUUGUUUUGUAAGAAAAUCAAAUUAAGCUCACCUGUAACUCAAUAAUAUUAGGAUACAACUAACAGUAGCCACAUGCUCCUUCCUCUUGGUCCUUUAUUGUAUUGAGCCAAGGCCAAAAUAGAACUACCCCCAUAAACCUAUAAAAAAAAAAAAAAAAAAAAA